AUGAGCACUUUGAGAGACCAUCUCUUGGAAGAGUUCUUUGGCCACAUUAGGUUUUCCCGUUUGACAAAACCCUUGGCUUCCCUAAUUGGUGUUGUGUUGUUUCUUGGCUUCGUUAUUGACAGGACACAUCAUUAUCUCCAAAAGCUAAUCACUUUGAGAAGCAAUGCCGGGUCAUCUAAAGGAGAAUUAGAACAACUUAGGAAGGAGAGAACUGAACUAAAGGAGAAAGAAGAGAAGACAGCCAAGGAGAUUAAGCAGCUGAAAGAGAAACUGUCAUGUGUUGCAGAGAAUCUGAAGAAAGUUGAGAAGGAAGCGAAAGAGAAAGAAAUGAAGCUGGAAACUGUUGAAGGACGUGUUUCAUCUCUGCAAAUGCAGUCUUCAGAGCUCUUGUUGGAGUAUGAUAGGUUGUUAGAAGACAACCAGACUCUACAAAACCAUAUGGUUGGAAAAUGAAAAACCCUGAACUGAUAUAUAAAGUUUUUUAGAAUGUUUGUAAGUGAAGGGCUGUUAAUAGUUAUUGCAGAAAUGGUGUUUGGAGUGAGUUCUUGUAACAUUUCUUGGUACCCAUUGAUGAUGUCUCUAAAAUGGUGGAUUUAUGAAUUAUAAC